CUCCUCCACCGCCCCCAUCCAAGCAUAUCCAGCCUCCAUCCAUCCCGGGAGGAAAUUCAAGGAGGGAUCACGGGGAUCGGGAUCGCUUUAUCCGCCACGUCCGUGUCAACACGCUUGAUUUAUUCACAUUACCAACAACAACAACCCGCUGCUGAACCGAUUCACCGCCAAGAGGAUACUUGGAUACCGGGAGGAGGACGGUAUGGGGGGACAUACGGUGGCGGUUAUGGUCUUACUUGCGGCGACCUUGACGCUCUCAUCCGAGGUGCCUGCUGAUGACUCAGUGGGUUUGCUAACCGAGCCGCAGGUGGCCAUGUUUUGCGGCAAGCUCAACAUGCAUAUCAAUGUGCAGAGUGGCAAGUGGGAGUCGGACCCCUCCGGCUCUAAGAGCUGCAUCGGCACCAAGGAGGGCAUCCUGCAGUACUGCCAAGAGGUGUACCCUGAGCUUCAGGUCACCAACGUGGUGGAGGCCAACCAGCCUGUCAGCAUCCAGAACUGGUGCAAGAAAGGUCGCAAGCAGUGUCGCAGCCACCCUCUCAUUGUGGUACCUUAUCGCUGCUUGGUCGGGGAGUUUGUGAGCGAUGCCCUGCUGGUUCCGGAUAAGUGUAAGUUCCUGCACAAGGAGCGUAUGGACCAGUGUGAGAGCCAUCUGCACUGGCACACUUUCGCCAAAGAGUCCUGCACAGACCGCUCCACGAACCUCCAUGACUACGGGAUGCUGUGGCCGUGUGACAUCGAUCGUUUCCGAGGGGUGGAAUUCGUGUGCUGCCCGACCGAUGCUGAGCAGGAGUCGGACAGCGCGGCACUGGACAGGGAAGAGUCAGACGUGUGGUGGGGCGGAUCUGAGCCUAACGAUAAUAGCGAGAACAGCAUGACGCAGCAGGCGGACACGGAGCCCACCGCUGCUGAGGAGGAUGAGGACGAGGAUGAUGCUUUUGAAAGGGAUGGUGAAGAAGAUGAGGAGGAGGAAGACGAGGACAUGACACAUGAGCGGGAUAGCUAUGAACGCAAUGCAAACGUUGCCAUGACAACCACCACCACCACCGAAUCCAUUGAGGAAGUCGUCCGAGCCGUUUGCUGGGCGCGUGCCGUGAAAGGCCCGUGUCACGCCAAGCUGGAGCGUUGGCACUUUGUGCCCAAAACGGGUCGCUGCGCCCCCUUCUUGUUCGGGGGCUGUGGGGGCAACAGGAAUAACUUUGAUUCGGAGGAAUACUGCCUGGCUGUCUGCAGCAGCUCGUUGCCCACCAUGGUGCCCAGUCCUCUGGGCGCUGUGGAUCGAUACCUCGAGUCUCCUGGCGAAGACAACGAACACGGCGACUUCCAGAAAGCAAAGGAAAGCCUGGAGGCCAAGCACAGGGAGAAGAUGUCGCAGGUGAUGAGGGAGUGGGAGGAGGCUGAGAGGAAAGCCAAGAACCUGCCACGUGCUGACAAGAAAGCUGUCAUUCAGCACUUCCAGGAGAAGGUGGAGGACCUGGAGCAGGAGGCUGCCGGAGAGCGGCAGCAGCUGGUGGAGACGCACAUGGCCCGCGUGGAAGCUCUGCUUAACAGCCGCCGACGCAUGGCUCUGGAAAAUUACCUCAGCGCACUACAGGCCGACCCUCCAAGGCCUCGUCAGGUGCUCAGCCUGCUGAAGAAGUACGUGCGGGCUGAGCAGAAAGACCAUCAGCACACGGUCAAACAUUUCCAGCACGUCCAAACGGUCGACCCCAAGAAGGCGGCGCAGAUUGGGCCUCAGGUUUUGACCCACCUGCGUGUGAUUGAGGAGAGGAUGAACCAGUCGGUGGGUUUGCUCUACAAAGUUCCCAACGUAGCCAACGAGGUUCACAACCAAGUCUCCGUCAUCGUGCAGAGAGUCCAGUCUGUGCUGUCUCAGCAGGUCUCCUCGCUGCAGAGUGACGCCAGAGUGGACGGCAGGAUGAGCUACGGGAACGAUGCCCUCAUGCCCGACCAGGCUUACAGCUCCGCCCCCGUGGACCCAGGCCUCGAAGGACUGGGUUUCAUCCACCCUGAAAGCUUUAACCAGCCCAACACCGAGAACCACGUUGAGCCCGUCGAUGCUCGCCCAGUUCCAGAUCGAGGACUACCCACACGCCCUGUGUCGGCCCUGAAGCCAGAAGAGAUGCCCCGAGUGCGGCUGGACACCAAGGAGAGGCAAGGUGCCGGCUAUGAAGUCCACCAUCAAAAACUGGUGUUUUUUGCUGAAGAUGUGGGCUCCAAUAAAGGUGCCAUCAUUGGGCUGAUGGUGGGAGGCGUUGUCAUAGCGACCGUCAUUGUCAUCACCCUGGUGAUGCUGAGGAGGAAGCAGUAUACGUCCAUUCAUCACGGCGUCAUUGAGGUGGACGCGGCGGUGACGCCAGAGGAGCGUCAUCUGGCCAAGAUGCAGCAGAACGGCUACGAGAACCCCACCUACAAAUUCUUUGAGCAGAUUCACAACUAAACAAAAUCAACCCCGACCCCGCCCCCUCCGCUCGCCGCUUCUGUUCCGUUGUCUCGCUCCUCUUGACCUUUUCCCGACAGGCGAGACUGCUUUCAGCGGUUCAAUGGGGACGAAUCUUUGCAGUCACAAGCGAAGGAGACAUGGAACAAAGCCGCGCGAAUCCCCCAAUUUGCACAAAGAAUCCCCCUCAUUUAGCCGGACAAGGGUCCCCUGUGUCACCUGCACAUCUCAAUCACAUGAAAACCAUUGCAGUCUUUGUACUGGGCAACCUGUUGACUGACCGUAGCUCUGUCUAGACACAUACCCAGAAUAUCGCGUCGUUACAGCGCUCGCCGCAAAACAUUUCUAGAUUGUUUGUUUAAAAACAUGAACAAAAAAAAGAAUCCGUAGAUCAGAAUCAGUGGUGGCUUUUUUUUGGAGUGUGAUAUGUAAAGGAAGAAAUUAGCUGUUACGUUGACAUAGCUCAUGGCGGAUACGGUUAAAAACGACGACAGGGUCAGGGGUGUCCAAACUUUUUCCACCGAGGGCCGCGUUCAGAAAAAUGAAGGGACACGAUAAGACGCACCAUAACCCAUCCAAUGCAGGCCAGAGUAUGCUAGGCUAUCAGUACAAAACAUCCAUUAGUGUAUCGCUCAUUAAUAAUGGAUUCAUUUAAUUUGUACACGACGCUUUGGACACCUCCGUCUUAGAUGGUUUGGCAGGAUUGUACAUUUCUGGCGUCUUUUCCUUGUGACCUUGCGUGAUAUGAAGAGGAAGAAAAAUAAUCAAGUCGCUUUAAAUCACUCUUUUAUUUUGGUUUCUAUAAAUCUCCAUGCUUCACCGUUGCUUUAGUUGCAUGGGCAAAGAAUACAAAUACUAUAUGUAAUAUAUGAAGUUGUAUUAGUAUCCGAAAGGAAGAUGAUUGUGUUUGCGUUUUAUGCACUCUUGUCCUUUUUUUGUUUUGUUUUUAGGAAAAGUCCAAAUGUUAUCGUCAAAAAAUUGUGAUUAAUGCUGACAAAUACCUAUUGACCCAAUGGGGGGGGGGGUACUAGGCUGGGAUAUCAUCUCCAUCAUUCCAUAUAAAUCAUUCCAUAGUUCGUUAUUGAUUGUACACGGGUUGUUGGGGGCUGAGGUGGCCCCUUUUUUCCAUUUUUUCUGAUCAUUUGGAACGACAGUGGAACCUCCAAAGCAGAGCACCAAAACAUAAUGCAAAUAGAAAUACAAUCAUCCCUUGUUUAUCACGGUUAAUUUUAUCACGGUUAAUUAUAGGAUUCCUUAUUCGUAAAUGGAAUAUUCAUUCAUUUUCUACCGCUUUUUCCUCACGAGGGUCACGGGGGUGCUGGAGCCUAUCCCAGCUGUCUUUGGGCGAGAGGCGGGGAUAAAUGGAAUAUUUAGAGUAUAAAAAAAUAUUUGGUUUGAUAACCAAUUCGCACCUAUGUCCUCUACCGACCACCGCCACCAUACAUUCACAAAAGUAUUCUAAAUACGGUUGUCAACAGUAUUCGAUCCCUCUUGACGGCUUGUUUACCUGGAUCCUGUGUAGUCCUUCCUGUUGUGGCUGUUGUCUUGUCAAUGUAACAUUACUUACACCUAGUGACCAGUGUAGAAUACCACAGAUCACAAUGCAUAGAGCAUUUUCAAACGGGGGUGUUAUUCAUGUCUAGAGGGCUCUAAUAAUGUUAAAACCCCGUAUUUAGAAGGUUGUAAACAUGUUUUUCAAUGCUAAGUAUAUUCCAUUCCUAAACAAGGAAUCCUACUUUUGAUUAUGUUCAGUUAUCACAGCCAGAUCUGGAACCAAUUGACCAUGAUCAACGAGAUUACUGUAUCGCUCUCAGCUCCUUGACAGUUUGAUGAAACGGCUUCAUUCGACAUCUUAAAAUUAGCAUUAUACCUCCUACUCGGUUGUUUGCUAAUAAGCUUUGGUAGUUUUUACCAGCGUGGGGGGGGCGAGUAACAUGAAGAAAAGCUCAGACUCACUUGAGAAGCCAUCUGGUGCCAUCUUUGGAAGUUCCACAGUAUAAAUUCAUUAUUAACACUUUCCCAUUUGGUUUCUUCAUUCUGUUUUAGUGUAUGAAUCCAAGACAUAUAUCCCGACACUGACAUGUGAAUUGAAGCUCUUAUUCAGGUGAAUGUUUAAUUGAAAGGAAGAACCCCCUUUUCGCUGUGUAUUUAAGCUUAAAAAGUUUCUACUUCCAUAUCAUGAAUAAAAUUUUGAAUGUA